AACGUUUUUUUAAGUGCUAUCAAAGAAAAUCAUAUUUUAAUCUUUACUGUUAUCGUUUUGUUUCCUAGAUCCAGAAAACAAUUCAGUUUGAUUGUGUGUCAGUAUAAAACUUUAUGAUCCACACCCUACCACUACCACUCUUUGCCAGACCCUCCGAUAAACCCCAGAGAAGAAGACGGUGAACAGUUUCCUCCAAGAUGGUCGUCGGUCCCUUCCCCAUCGCCAAGCUCCUCUCCCUGGGAGUGAGGCAGAUGAGCAAGCCGGUGGCGAACCGGAUCAAAGCCGGAGCCCGGAGGAGCGAGUUCUUUAAAAGCUACAUCUGCCUGCCGCCGGCCCAGAUUUACCACUGGGUCGAGAUGAGAACCAAGAUGAGGAUCAUGGGCUUCCGGGGCUCCACCAUUAAGCCGCUGAAUGAGGACAAGGCUGUGGAGCUGGGUGCAGAGUUGCUGGGAGAGGCCAUCAUCUUCCUCAUCGGCACUGGAUGCGUGGUGCUGGAGUACAGCAGGCAGGCUGCUAAUACUCGCCUCAAAGAGGAGGAGCUGACUGAGACCAUCACAACCACGAGGAUGAUCAUGUUAACCAUCGACAAAACAGAUCAAUUUAGAACAAUCCACACAAAAUAAAACAAAGUGUAAGAAGCAAGAAGUGAAAAAGCUGUGUUUUGCAAAAACUACAUUACUCACAAUGUCUUGAGGUAAACAUCACACGACUUCCGGAGUGAUCCAAGUUCCGAAGAAAUAAAUUAUAAAAAUUGUAA